AUGGUCUUAGAGGGUACUCUCUACGUCGGUUUUGUGAGAUCCAACCUUGGCAACAAUCUCUUGGUAUUGUAUCCAAGUGAUGUUUUUGUGUUCCCAAAGGGUCUUAUUCACUUCCAAUUUAAUGAGGGAAAUUCUAAUGCAGUAGCUCUUUCUGGCCUGCGUAACCAAAACCACGGUGUCAUUACCGUUGCUAAUGCCGUGUUUGGGAGAAAUCCAAAGAUUUAUGAUGAUGUACUUGCCAAGGCAUUCCAAGUGGACAAGAACGUAGUGGACAAUCUUCAAGCUCAAUUUUGGUGGCCCGUCAACAAGAAAAUAAAGAGAAAACUCACGAAUCCACUCUUUGUUAAACUUUAA